AGUGCAUGGGGCUGGUGGGAGUCUGUGGGAGGCGUCCGCGCGCGGCACUCCCGCGCCGCCGCCGCGCCCACAGCAGGCUGGUACAUGGUGCCAUUGGUGGCGCCCAACCAACAAGUGCGACACGAAUUAGUGGCCGGCACCGUGUGCGAAUUUGUGCGCACACACCACUACGCCAGGCUAGGAUCGCUACGGCAAGAAUCUCUGCGAUUGCUGCAAGAGUGAAAGAGCUGCAAGUUGGUCAUGGCAGUAAAACUCGUCGCACGGCUGCUCCUGCUCGCCCAAAUCACGCAAGCGUUGCGCGUCACCCGCCGCUCGCUCGCCGGCGCGGCGGGAGCGCUUGCAACAGCACCACAAGUUACGAACGCCGUCCGGCCGCCCGAGUUCGUCACGCAGCAGCCGGGCUUCACGCCCACGAAGUCCGGCCUCCAGAUCAAGGACGUCAAGGAGGGCACCGGCGCGGCGGCAGCCACUGGCGACCGCGUCGUCUACGAGUGGGAGGGCUACACGAUCGGUUAUUUUGGGCGGCCCUUCGAGAAGAAGGCUGGGUUGAAAGGUGGCGACUUCGAAGGAGAAAAGGACUACUCGCGGUUUGUGGUUGGUAGAGGAGAAGUCGUGCCGGCGCUGGAAGAAGGCGUAUUGGGCGUGCGCGAGGGCGGCGUCCGCCAGAUCAUCUUCCCUCCCGAAUUAGGGUACCCCAUGGUCGGCGACCAGCGCGACGGCAAGAUGGCGGACCCGUCCCACGACCGGGUCGGCCCGAAGCCUACGUCCUUUUCAGGGUCCCGCGCGCUCGACUUCGUGCUCACCUCGAAGUCGGACAACGUCGACAAGACGUUGUUGUUGAACUUCAAGGUCGUGCGCGUCGAUAAACCCGGGGGGAAGUACAAGUUCUAGUAAGUUUUGUGAGUACAAU